GUGGAGUUUCUUCGUGGACUUGGAGGCCCUGGCCGACUCUUGGUGCUCACGCAGAUGGCCGGCGAAGUGGUCCGGACUGGCCUCGAAGCCAAUGAAGCCUCGGGUCAGACUGUUCUGACCGAGAUGGUCGACAGGAUCCUGCUGUAUAAGGAACACCACCAGGACCUGCUGGACGUCGUAGGUGUGAAGGUGCCUUUCCAUUACCACCAUUUGCUGACGGUUAUGGUCUUUAUCGAUCUGCUCGUGCUGUCCUAUGGAAUGGCGCUAAGCGAAUCCUGCCUGGCGCCCUGUAUGUUCCUCCUCAUGGCUACCAUCAUGAUCGGGAUGAUGGACGUGGCGUCUCUGUUGUGGAAUCCGUUCGGUGCACACGCCACGGGCUUCGCGCUGCAUCAGUGGGCCCAAGAGUUCCUAGCGGGCGUGCGCGCCAUCCUGGACUACGAGCAUGACGGCUCAAAGGAGGGAUGGAAGCAUGAACUCCAAGAGGAGCACUAUGCCAACAUUGACCUUCAGAAGACACCCGAGGAGGUCCAGACUCUGUUUGACCGAGCUCCGCAACCGCCUCCCCAGCAGGUGGUGGUGGCAGAUGAGCACGCGUACACGCAGCAAGAGCAUGAACAUGCCCCUGACGGCCAUGUCGAAGUGGACGUCGGAGCAGGAGUUGCAGGCGACGGGUGA